UAAAGGGCGGGGCAGGGCGGCCUCAGUUGCCAAGGCUCCCUGUGGUGAGGGGCCUUUCCUCCGGUUUAUCUCCUGCUAGCGCACUCCAGUAUUGUGGAUCGCCUCCAUACUACCAUACUACGUGUCAUGUCCUUAUCACAUGUCAUGAUUCCACUGGGCUUCUGCUUCUGCGCCCCAAGUCUUCUCCUCACUGGACAAGUUCUCCUAGUGGUGACCCAGGCGGAUUCCAUUGCGGAGUGGAUCCAGAACCCAGUUCGUUUGACUUCAGAGCCCUGGGUAAACCGAGAGGAGCCUCCAGAGCCUUCGGAGCUGAUUGAACAGCCUAAAUACCUGCUAGAAGCACAAACUCAAGAUUCAGAAAAUGUUGAUAUCGUCCACGAAAGCCCAGAUCAUCUCCCACUGCUCCCUGAGGAAGAUGAGCCUUCAGUCCCGAAGGAAGAACCAGUUCAACAUCAUUUUGCUUCUGGGAAAGUUGCAGCGUUAGAGCAUCCUGACAGAAAUGUUCCCUCUCCAAAAAGAAAUGAAGCUCAUCCCCCCAGAUUGCCAAAUGUCACAGUGAAGCCUGUAGAUCAGGAGAUUACAGUAGUUUCAGAGGCAGAUAAGGAAACCCAACAUACUCUGAGGGAGCAGCAGGCUCCAGGCCAUCUUCCAGAGAGUCCUGAGGAAGUAGGACCUUCAUCAACCCAACAAGAUACAAAACUGGUACAGUUCUCAGGGGGUCCUGAGGAGAUAGGAACUUCAUUAACCCAUCAGGAGGCUGCAGCUACAAAUCCAGAGCUCUCUGUGCACUUGGGACCUUCAUUAGUCCAACAAGAGGCCCUACAUGAGUCUUUAGAACCCCCUGAAGACCUUGAAGCAUCUGGUAGGCAGCUAGAAGUUCCAGCACUACAUACAAAGCCCCCUGAAGAAGUCAUUCCUCCAAUUGACCAAGAGGCUACAGUCUCAACUCUAGAGCCCUCUAUGCCAAGUAUAAUUGAAACUCUAACAGCAGCAGCAGCAGCAGUUUCACAACACAAUCAGGAUCAUGUCCACCAUUACAUUUUGCCCACGAUUACAGUCCAACCUGCAGAUGUGGAACUUACAAUAACUUCCAAGCCUUUUAAGGAAGCUGAGCUAUCUCCAGUUCAGGAAGAGACUCAAACUCCCGGUCCUCAUGUGAAAGCUGGGUAUUCUAGCCUAGAAGAGCAACCAGCUGCAUCACCUGAAAGGUAUCUGAAAUCCCCAACUGAGCCUCCAGAGGAAGAGGAGGAAGAGGAGGAAGAGGAGGAGGAGGAGGAGGAGGAAGAGGAGGGGGAUGAUGAGUCUUCUCUAACUCAAGAGGACGUCCCAUCACAACAUCCGAGUCCUCUUCUGGAGAGUGAAUCUUCUCCUAUUGAACUACAGCAGCCAGUCGGACCCUCUGAAUCUCCUGGGGAGGUGGGAUUAGGAUCUGAAAAACAGUCAGAAGCCUUAGUUACACCUGCAGAGCUCCCAGAGGAAGUCAAGUCUCCGGUGGAGCAAGAGGCUCCACUGCAAGCUCCAGAGUCCCCUUUUCAGACUGUAGUUGAAAGGCCUCCAAUUCAUGAAGUCCAGCCAGCUCCAAAUGAAGCGUACCAUUAUCAUUUACCAAAUGUUACCAUUAGACCUGUGGAUUUGGAGCUUACCAUCACUUCAGAGCCUGCCAAGGAGACCGAGUCUUCUCUAGCCCAGCAGGAGCUCUCAGUGCAUCCUUCAGAGUAUGCCAAAGAGAGGAGUUCUUUUCGCUACGAGCAGGGACAGCCUUCUGAGCUGGAAAUUCUAACUCAAGCCUCAGAGCAUCAUCAUUUGACACGUUCACCCUCAACUCACCAGCACACUCACCAUUCAAGCUCGCCCACUACAACUGUUAAACCUCUAGAUGUGGAGCUCACCAUAUUGCAAAAUCCCACCACAGAGGCGGAACCUCCUCCGGCACUUGAUGAGGUUGUAGGUAAACCAGUUGCAGUCUCAGACCAGGGUGUAGACACUUCUAUAACUCACCAUCCAAAUCCAGCUGGAGCUCCAGAGCCUUCUGAAAAAGCUGAACUCUUGUCAUAUCAAGAGGAGGCUCUAGUCCAAUCUGCAGAACUUGUUGCGUACGAGAAGCCUUCUCUAAGCCAGCAGGAGAGCGCAGAUGAGAAUCCAGAGCUCCUAGAGGAAGGUGACCCUUCUUCAGCCCAGCAGGAGACCCCAGUGAAUCCUCUAGUGUUCCCUAAUGAGAUGAUAGUUCAGCCUCCAGCACACCAUGAGGCAGCAGGUCCUCUCCUGAUUCAGAUUCAGCAUCAUCCUCCUGCAUCACACAGUGUCACAGCUAAGCCUCUAGAGUUGACUAAUGAGGUUGAAACUUCAAGCCAACAAGGAUUUGAACCUUCAAAAGACAAGCAAGAAGAAGUUGCAAGUCAGUAUCCCAUGCCCCCUGAAAAUCAUCAAGAUUAUCCAGCUCAUCAAGAGGUUCUAACCCAGCCUGCAAAGCUUCCUGAGGGUGUUUCUUCAGGUCAGCAGGGUAACUUGUCUCCACCCCUAACGCACCCUCCAGGUGUGCAGUUUGUAUCAUUUCAGCAAGAACUCCCAGAUCAGCAUCUAGAACCACCCAAAAAGGGUUUCUUUCUUUCUCCAGUGGCAGAUUCCGUGUUCUUUUCACCUGACGAUCUAGAAGCAAUGUUCAGAUAUGGGAACUCAAUGUUGCAUAAACCCACAGUUAUACAUUUGAACCAAGCACAUACCAGAGCUCCAGAGUCCUCCAUGGAAGUUGAAUCCCCUCAGGUUCAGAAGGAGAACGUAGUCCCUAUACCUAUAAUUCCCACCGAACAAAUUGAAUAUUCACAAGUCCAAUUUGAAUAUCCUUCCUAUACACCAGAAUUCCCUGAAACUCAAUUUUCUCAGCAAAAGUCCAUAGCUCAGAAAACAGACCUCCACGAAGAUGCAUAUCCUUUUCUUACUCCGCAGAGAAGGCUAUAUGUACUUCCAGAUUCCAUUAUGGAUGCAGAGCCUUCUCCAGCUCAGCACCAGAGCUUGUCUCAACUUGAAGACCUUUCUGAGAAUGCAGGACCAUUUCUAGUGCUACAGCCCACCCCUGCACAGGCUUCAGAUCCUCCAAAGGAGAUAGUUUUUUUUCCAACCCAGCAAGUGGUCCCAAACCAGCUUCCAGAGUUAAUGAACAAUAUUGUAACUCACCUUCCGAUACAGCAAAUGAUAACCCUAACACCAGGUCAGAGUCAAGAGGAGUAUCCAAUAGCACACACUGUCUCAUUUCAGGCUUUGGACCUGGAAUUCACCUUAACUUCACAGUAUACUCCAGAGAUGGACCACACUACAGAAACAAAGUGGACACCUCCUCCAACAUAUCCUCAGGUGACAUUCCCAUACCCAACUGAAGUCACAGUUCAACCUUUGGAUCUGGGACUUACCAUAAGUCCACAAUCUACUCCAGAGGAACUUCCUCAAACUAGGCCAGAGACCACAACUCAGAUUACAGAAGCACCUAGAGAGGUUGUAGCUCCAGCCCCUCUAUAUCAAAAGAUGACAGUUCCAACAUCAGGUCAGGAUCCAGUUGAAUAUCCAGUUCCACCCAGUGUCUCAUUUCAGCCUUUGAACAUGACACCCACUAUAAGUUCAGAGCCUACAAGAGAGACUCAACAGCCUAUAGCCACAAUGAAGAUUAUAGGUCCUCCUCCAGAGCACCUUCAGGAUCACAUUCCCUAUGUAACUGAAGUCAUAGUUCAACCUUUGGAUCUGGGACUUACCAUAAGUCCACAAUCUACUCCUGAGGAACUUCCUCAAACUAGGCCAGAGACCACAACUCAGAUUGCAGGUCUACCUAGAGAGGUUGUAGCUCCAAUAUAUCAAGAGGUGACAGUUUCAACACCAGAGACUCAGCAGCCUACAACUAAAGUCAUAGUUCAACCUUUGGAUCUGGGACUUACCAUAAGUCCACAAUCUACUCCUGAGGAACUUCCUCAAACUAGGCCAGAGACCACAACUCAGAUUACAGGACUACCUAGAGAGGUUGUAGCUCCAGCCCCUCUAUAUCAAAAGAUGACAGUUCCAACAGCAGGUCAGGAUCCAGUUGAAUAUCCAAUUCCACCCAGUGUCUCAUUUCAGCCUUUGGACAUGACACCCACCAUAAGUUCAGAGACUCAGCAGCCUACAACUGAAGUCAUAGUUCAACCUUUGGAUCUGGGACUUAGCAUAAGUCCACAAUCUACUCCUGAGGAACUUCCUCAGACUAUGUCAGAGACCACAACUCAAACUACAGAACCACCUAAAGAAGUUGUAGCUCCAUUAUAUCAAGAGGUGACAGUUCCAACACCAGGUCAGUAUCAAGCUGAGUAUCCAACACUUCCUAUUGCCUCAUUUCAGCCUUUGGACCUAGAACUCACUACAAGAGAGACUCAGCAGCCUACAACUGAAGUCAUAGUUCAACCUUUGGAUCUGGGACUUACCAUAAGUCCACAAUCUACUCCUGAGGAACUUAUUCAAACUAGGCCAGAGACCACAACUCAGAUUACAGGACUACAUAGAGAGGUUGUAGCUCCGAUAUAUCAAGAGGCGACAGUUUCAACACCAAGUUGGGCUCAAAGUGAGUAUCCAGCUUCACCCAGUGUCUCAUUUCAGCCUUUGGACAUGACACCCACCAUAAGUUCAGAGCCUACAAGAGAGACUCAACAGCCUACAGCCACAAUGAAUAUUAUAGUUCCUCCUCCAGAGCACCUUCAGGAUCACAUUCCCUAUGUAACUGAAGUCAUAGUUCAGCCUUUGGAUCUGGGACUUACCAUAAGUCCACAAUCUACUCCUGAGGAACUUCUUCAAACUAGGCCAGAGACCACAACUCAGAUUACAGGACCACCUAGAGAGGUUGUAGCUCCAGCCCCUUUAUAUCAGGAGAAGACAGUUCCAACAGCAGGUCAGGAUGGAGAUGAGCACUUAACCACCCUUCAGCCUGUGGACCUGGACCUCCCCAUAGCUUCAGACUCCACUAGAGAGACUGAACAUUCUACAAUCCUGGUGAUGACUACUGUUCCUUCUCCAAAGUAUUCUCAGAUGACAUUUCCAGAGCAGGUUCUCUUUCAGCAUCCAAAACCAGCUGAAGUCACAGUUCAGUCUUUAAAUCUGGGACUUAACACAACUUCACAGUCGGAUACUGAGAAAGCACUUUCUCAAACUACACAGGAAAGCACAACUCAGCCUAUAGAUCCACCAAACGGAGCUGUAGCUCAAGCUUUGGCCUAUCAGGAAGUGACACUUGCAAAACCUAGUCAAGAUGCAUUUGAGAAUCCAACCUUACCCAACAUCACACUUCAGCCUUUGGACCUGGAUCCAGAGCCCGCCAGAGAAGCUGACAAUUUAAUAACUUUGAAGGAGACUACAAUUUUUCCUCCAAAGUACCCUCAGGUGACACUUUCAGAACAGGUCCACUCUCAGUAUCUACCCCCAAGUGAAGCUACAUUUCAACCUUUGGAUCUGGAACUUAACAUGUCUUCACAACCUACUCCUAAGGUAGAACUUUCUCGAACUGAACCAGAGACAAAACCUCAGCCCUCAGAUUCAGCUAAAGAGGUGGUCACUCAAGAACCAGGGUACCCAGAAGUGACAGUUCCAACACCAAAUCAGGAUAAAACUGAGUAUCCAGCAGUGUCUGCUGCCUCAUUUCAGGCUUUGUACCCGGAACUCACGAUAAGUUCAGAGCCUACAACCCCACACAAAAGUACAGUUUCUCCUUCACAGUACCAUCAGACACUUUCAGAACGUGUUUAUAUUCAACAUCCAAAUCUAACUGAAGUUAUAGUUCAACCUUUGGAUAUGGAAUUUACAGUAAUUCCAAGCCCCAAUCUAAAUGUUGAGACUUCUCCACAUAUACAGGAGAUCCUUCCUGACCCUGAACAUGAGGAGGUUACAGCAAAAGCUCCAGUGUUUUAUGAAAUAACACCAACUCAAGAUCAAACUCAGUAUCUGGUUUCUCCUAAAGUCACAGAUCGACAUACAAAAUCAGAGCAUGGUAUAGCUACAAUGUUCAGUGUAGAGAAUGAAUUUCUGGCAACCACAUACAAUAUUACAGACCUCCCUCCAAAGCACCAUGAGAUGACCCUUCUACCUGAAGACCAGGCUCAGGCUCUGCAUGGAGACCCAACUCAAGUCACAAUUCAGCCCUCAUACCCAGAAUUUUCCAUAGCUCCACCACAUGCUACAAUGAUUAAACAUCCUGCACCAGUUCAAUCUACGGAGUCAUCUGAGACUGCAGCUCAGUCUCCAGAGCAUCCCAAAGUGACAGUUCUAGUGAUUCAAGGUCAAUCUCAGCAUCUAAGCUCAGACGCUGCACAAUCUGAAGUCCCAGCUACCACUCCUCCAGAGACUGUACAUUCCGUAGCCCUAACAACUACUCAUCCAGAGACUGCACAUUCUACUGUCCCAACAACUAUGUCCCCUCCUUCAAUACACUAUGAGAUGAUACUUUCACCAUCAAGCCAGGUUCAGACUCAGCAGCCAAAGCUGACUGAAGUCACAACCUGGUCUUCACCCGCAAGCCAACAAUCUUCCACAGCACCACAGUCUGUUACACUAGUAAGCCUGUUUGCACCUAUGGUUGAGACCACAGCUCAGCAAAUCCCAAAUGGCAUCACACUUCAACCUGUGGAUCUUGAACCUAACAUAACUACAUAUGCCGGAAAUGUUAAUACAGAAAAAGAUUUAAUUUUUCAAAUGAAACCAAAUGUCUUCACGAGCACCAACAUAUGUGACCUCUGCUUGUGUGAAAAUCACACACUAUUGUGUAACCAUCUCAGCCCAAUGCGGAGACUCCACCAGGUGCCUGUGCCAAGGCCCAACACCCACAAGGGCAUCCUAACUGUUUUAAAUUUCCAAGGAAAUGUUAUUUCCUACAUUGACAAAAAUGUGUGGAAAGCAUACCGUUGGGCUGAGAAACUAAUUCUCAGUGAAAAUCACCUGACUGAAUUACAUAAGGAUUCAUUCGAAGGCCUGCUAUCCCUCCGGGUUUUGGAUUUAUCUUGCAAUAAAAUACAUUACAUUGAAAGAAGGACAUUUGAGUCAUUACCUUUUUUGAAGUAUAUCAACCUUGGGUGUAAUUUACUCACUGAACUGAACUUUGGAACAUUUCAAUCAUGGCAUGGAAUGCAGUUUUUACAGCAGUUAAUCCUCAACCGCAACCCUCUGACAAUUGUCGAAGAUCCUUUCUUUUUUAAAUUGCCAGCAUUAAAAUAUCUGGACCUGGGGACCACACAGGUGCAACUGAUUACGGUUGAGAACAUCCUCAUGAUGACACUGGAGCUGGAACGUCUGAUCUUACCUAGCCACAUGGCCUGCUGCCUCUGCAAAUAUAAAGCUAAUAUUGAGGUUAUCUGCAAGACAAUCAAACUGCAUUGUCAUCCCAGAUGUCUGACAAACAUCACAUUCUGUCUUGAAGCAUCUAUAGGAAACCCAGAAGGAGCAUUCAUGAAGGUGUUGCUGGCCCGGAAGGAGAGCAGCAGAGCCGAGCUCACUAUUGAACCAGAAAUGGGCUACGAGGGCCAAACCAAUCUUGGUUCUUUGGGCCUCAUGAAUGAGCAGCUUGACUUUAACGACGAAAGUGAUGUUAUCAGUGCCCUAAAUUACAUACUGCCUUAUUUCUCAGAGGGGAAUCUGGAAGAUGUGGUAUCGACAUUGUUACCAUUCAUUAAACUCCUGUUUUCUAAUAUACAAAAUGGUAAUAAUUCACUGGGAUCCAUCCAAAAUGAUACAAAGAGCCUUACUCUUAAAUCAGUACCUAAGGCUAGUAAGCUGGCUUACAAAAAUAAGAUGAAUAAGCUUUAUCUUCUGGAACAUCUCUUAGAUGCAGAAAUUGAUGAGAUUAGAGAGAAAGAGAAAACCGCCAUGCUUGAGCAGCAGUCAAGCCAUUUAGAUCCAAAAUUUAAACAACAGAUAUUUGAAAAGAGAUGGGAACCUGCCUGGACAGAGGAAGACAGUCUUGCAGGCAGUCUCACAAAAGCAGUUCCAGGAUACGGCUACAACAACAAAGUCAUCUUGGCAAUAUCUGUGACUGUCGUAGUGACAGUUUUGAUUAUCAUUUUCUGUCUCGUUGAGAUUUAUUCUCAUAGAACAGCAAAAGAUGGAGAUGAAGAAAAGUCCUUAAGGAAUAAGAAAUACUACUGCAAGGGCAUUGAGAUUCAGGAUGGGUUUUUCUGGAUAAGAUGCCCACUGUGGCUUAGGGACAUGUAUAAGCCUCUGCACGACACCCGAAAGAAAAACAUGGCUCAAGACCUACAGGACAAGGAGUCGUCUGGAGAGGAGGAGAUUUUCAAGAAGGAGCUACCAGGGAAGCUCAAGAAAACACCCUCCACUAUGAAAUCAUCCCCAGAAGAGAGUGAAGUAGUCGAAACCUCAGAUUGAUCUGCUAUCAUUUAUUAAUAAAUUAUUUUUUGUAGA